AUGUCUUGUACUUGUUCUCCUGCCACUUCUGUGUUCCUGUCAUCGCCAUUGUUUUCACUUAUGGAAGCCUUGUCCACGGUCAAGGCGGUAAUUCUAGUACACUGCUCAAACAUACAGUAUGUCUAUCUGUUUUUGCUACACAUAACAAAUUAAUCAAUCAAUAUUUGGUGGUUGAAAGUAGUUGAGAUACACUGAGUGUACAAAGUGCAAGUGCUGGUUAAUUUGAUUCAUUUUUAUUUUGGGGUGGGUCGAGGUGAGGAGGAUAAUUAUUUAAGAUAAUGUUUGAAGAGGUAGGGUUUCAGAUGUUUUCGGAAGAUAGCAGGGACUCUGUUGUCCUAGCUUCAGGGGGAAGCUGGUUCCACCAGUUGGGUGCUAGGACAGGGAAGAGCUUGGACUGGGCUGAGCGGGAGCUGCCCUCCCAUAGGGCUGGGAGGACCAAGAGACCUGAGGAGUGCUCUGUGUAGGGUUUGAGCAUAGCUUGAAGGUAGGGAGUGGCAGUUCCUCUUGCUGUUCUGUAGGAAAGCACCAGGGUCUUGUAAUGGAUGCGAGCUUCGACUGGAAGAUAGUGGAGUGUGCGGAGUGUGUGGAGUCUGCGGAGGAGCGCGUGACAUGAGAGUUCUUGGGAAGGUAAAAAAAAACAGGCAGGCUGCAGCGUUCUGGAUAAAUUGCAGGGGUUUGAUGUCACAAGCUGGAAGCCCAGCCAACAGCGAGUUGCAGUAGUCCAGACAGGAGAGGACAAGUGCCUGGAUUAGGACCUGCGCCUCUUCCUGUGUGAGGUGGGAUUGUACUCUACGGAUGUUGUAGAGCGUGAACCUGCAGGAUUGGGUCACUGCUUUGAUGUUUGCAGAGAAUGACGAUGUUGUCCAGGGUCACGCCAAGGUUCUUUGCACUCUGGGAGGGCGACACUGUGGAGGUGUCAACCGUGAUGGAGAGGUCUUUGAGCGGGCAGGCCGUCCCCGGCAGGAAGAGCAGUUCUGUCUUGUCAAGGUUGAGCUUGAGGUGGUGGGCCGGAAUCCAAGUUGAGAUCUCUGCCAGGCACGCAGAAAUGCAUGUCGCCACCUGGGUGUCAGAAGGGGGGAAGGAGAAAAGUAGUUGUGUCAUCCGCAGAUCAAUGAUAGGAGAGACCAUAUGAGGAUAUAACGGAGCCGAGUGACCUGGUGUAUAGAGAGAAGAGGAGAGGGCCUAAAACCGAGCCCUGGGGGACACCAGUAGUGAGAGUACGUGGUGCAGACACAGAUCUUCUCCACGUCACCUGGUAGGAGCGGCCUGCCAGGUAGGAUGUAAUUCAAGAGUGUGCAUAGCCUGAGACGCCCAGCCCUGAGAGGGUGGAGAGGACGCUCUGAUUGUGUCGAAGGCAGCGGAUAUACAGUUGAAGUCGGAAGUUUACAUACACCUUUGCCAAAUAUAUUUAAACUCAGUUUUUCACAAUUCCUGACAUUUAAUCCUAGUAAAAAUUCCCUGUCUUAUGUCAGUUAGGAUCAACACUUUAUUUAAAAAAUUUGAAAUGUCAUAAUAAUAGUAGAGAGAAUGAUUUAUUUAGGCUUUUAUUUCUUUCAUCACAUACCCAGUGGGUCAGAAGUUUACAUACACUCAAUUAGUAUUUGGUAGCAUUGCCUUUAAAUUGUUUAACUUGGGUCAAACGUUUCGGGUAGCCUUCCACAAGUUUCCCACAAUAAGUUGGGUGAAUUUUGGCCCAUUCCUCCUGACAGAGCUGGUGUAACUGAGUCAGGUUUGUAGGCAUCCUUGCUUGCACACACCUUUUCAGUUCUUCCCACACAUUUUCUAUAGGAUUGAGGUCAGGGCUUUGUGAUGGCCACUCUAAUGACUUGAGAUGUUACUUCAAUAUACCCACAAAAUAUUCCUUGCUCAUGAUGCCAUGUAUUUUGUGAAGUGCACCAGUCCCUCCUGCAGCAAAGCACCCCCACAGCAUGAUGCUGCCACCGCCGUGCUUCACGGUUGGGAUGGUGCUCUUCGGCUUGCAAGCUCCCCCUUUUUCCUCCAAACAUAACGAUGGUCAUUAUGGCCAAACAGUUCUAUUUUUGUUUCAUCAGACCAGAGGACAUUUCUCCAAAAAGUACGAUCUUUGUCCCCAUGUGCAGUUGCAAACCGUAGUCUGGAUUUUUUAUGGUGGUUUUGGAGCAGUGGCUUCUUCCUUGCUGAGCGGCCUUUCAGGUUAUGUCGAUAUAGGACUCGUUUGACUGUGGAUAUAGAUACUUUUGUACCUGUUUCCCCCAGCAUCUUCACAAGGUCCUUUGCUGUUGUUCUGGGAUUGAAUUGCACUUUUCGCAUCAAAGUACGUUCAUCUCUAGGAGACAGAACGCGUCGCCUUCCUGAGCGGUAUGACGGCUGCGUGGUCCCAUGGUGUUUAUUCUUGCGUACUAUUGGUUGUACAGAUGAACGUGGUACCUUCAGGCAUUUGGAAAUUGCUCCCAAGAAUGAACCAGACUUGUGGCGGUCUAGUCCCGUGUAGCUCAGUUGGUAGAGCAUGGCGUUUGCAACGCCAGGGUUGUGGGUUCGAUUCCCACGGGGGGCCAGUAUGGAAGAAACAAAAAUGUAUGCACUCCCUAACUGUAAGUCGCUCUGGAUAAGAGCGUCUGGUAAAUGUCUACAAAAAAUGUUGAGGUCUUGGCUGAUUUCUUUUGAUUUUCCCAUGAUGUCAAGCAAAGAGGCACUGAGUUUGAAGGUAGGCCUUGAAAUACAUCCACAGGUACACCUCCAAUUGACUCAAAUGAUGUCAAUUAGCCUAUCAGAAGCUUCUAAAGCCAUGACAUUUUCUAGAAUUUUCCAAGCUGUUUAAAGGCACAGUGAACUUAGUGUAAACUUCUGACUCACUGGAAUUGUGAUACAGUAAAUUAUAAGUGAAGUAAUCUGUCUGUAAACAAUUGUUGGAAAAAUUACUUGUGUCAUUCACAAAGUAGAUGUCCUAACCGACUUUCCAAAACUAUAGUUUGUUAACAAGAAAUUUGUGGAGUGGUUGAAAAACAAGUUUUAAUGACUCCAACCUAAGUGUAUGUACACUUCUGACUUCAACUGUAUCUAGGAGGAUGAGAACAGAGGAGAGAGAGUCAGCUUUGGCAGUGUGGAGAGCCUCUGUGACACAGAGAAGAGCAGUCUUGGUUGAGUGACCCGUCUUCAAGCCUGACUUGUUAUGGUCAAAAAUAUAGUUUUGAGAGAGAUCAUGAGAAAGUUGAUCAGAGACAGCAUGCCCAAGUGUUUUGGAAAGAAAAGUAAGAAGGGAUACAGGUCUAUAGUCUAUAGUUUUUUAAGUCUGAUGAGUCGAGUGUUGGUUUCUUGAGGAGGGGAGCAACUCAUGGUCAGGAAUGAGUUGAUGAGGGAAGUGAGGGGAGGGUCGUGCCGGCCGGGAGGAAAGGGGACAGUGCGAGUCAUGGGAUGUGGAAAGGGAGGAGAGUAGGAUCGAAGAGGCGGAAUCAGGAGACCGGAGGGAGAAGUAUUUGGCAGAAGGGAGAGGUGAUAGGAUAGAAGAGGAGAGAGUAGUGGGAGAGACAGCGAAGAUUGCGACGGCACAUGACCAUCUGGGUAGGGGCUGAGUGGUUUGGGUUGGAGGAAAGGGAGACAGAAAAAGAAAUAAAGUAGUGAUCAGAGACCUGGAGGGGGGUUACAGUGAGAAUAGUAGGGGAGCAGCCUCUAGUAAAGAUGAGGUCAAGCGUAUUGCCUGCCUUCUGAGUUGGAGGAGAUUGGGAAAGGGUGAGAUUAAAAGUGGAGGAGGGGAAAAAGAGAGAGUUGGAAAGAAAUGAAUCGAAGACAGACGUCGGGAGGUUGACGUCGCCAAGUACGAAUAGCGGUGAGCCAUCGUCAGGAAAUGAGCUUAUCAACGUGUCAAGCUCAUUGAGGAACUCUUUAAGGGCACCUGGUGGGCAAUAGAUGACAAUAAUGCUUGAGUGGACAAGUCACAGUGAGAGUAUGGAAUUAAAAUGAGGAGAUGGAUAGGUGAAAUGAGUAGACCUGUGCCACCAGCGUGACGACCAGAUGCUCUCGGACUAUGAGAGAAAACAUAGUCAGAUGAAGAAAGAGAAGCUGGAGUAGCAGUGUUCUCUGGGGUGAUUCAUGUCUGAGUCAGGGCCAAAAAGUCAAGGGACUGAAGGGCAGCAUUGGCUGAGAUGAACUCGAUGUUCUUUACCACAUAUCAGCAGUUCCAAACGCUGCCAAAGACCUGGAAGAGCAAAAUUAGAUCAUUUGUAAAUAACUAGAUAAGAUACACAAGUGAGAGAGUGGUGUUGACCUUCCUCUCUUUCCUUCCUCGAACAACUCCCCAGAACAGUCUUUGUUUCGGCGACGGUAUUAGUUUUGCAUCAAAACCACUACUGACGCAACCGCUGCCGCUGAGAAACCAGGGGAGACUGAAGAACUAACACUAAUUGCUAAUUGCCUAGCAGAGGUGGAGAGCACACCUCCCUGUACUAAUUGCUGAUUGCCUAGGAGAAGUGAAACCAUUCCCCCUCCAAUACAGCCACUGAUUACUAAUUCAAGUCACAUAUUGCCUCUUGAUCCUGGUUGAUGUGUCAACAACUAUCUGCAAAUAUGAGCAGUCAGCAGUUCACACAGCAAGUCAACUCAUGCUUGGCAGCAUGCUUCACUCAUGCUGCCAAACAUGCCCUCGUAAAACUGACUAUCCUACCGAUCCUUGACUUCGGCGAUGUCAUUUACGAAAUAGCCUCCAACACUCUACCCAGCAAAUUGGAUGUAGUCUAUCACAGUGCCAUCCGUUUUGUCUCCAAAGCCCCAUACACUACCCACCACUGUGACCUGUACGCUCUUGUUGGCUGGUCCUCACUACAUGUUCGUCGUCAAACCCACUGGCUCCAGGCCAUCUAUAAAUCACUGCUAGGCAAAUCCCUGCCUUAUCAUUGGUCACCAUAGCAGCACCCACCCGUAGUCUGCGUUCCAGCAGGUAUUUCUCACUGGUCUCUGCUGCCAAUGACUGGAACGAAUUGCAAAACUCUCUGAAGCUGGAGACUCUUAUCUCCCUCACUAACUUUAAGCAUCAGUUGUCAGAGCACCUUACCGAUCACUGCACCUGUACACAGCCCAUCUGAAAUUAGCCCACCCAACUACCUCAUCCCUAUAUUGUUAUUUAUUUUGCUCUUUUGCACCCCAGUAUCUCUAUUUGCACAUAAUCCCUUGCACAUCUAGCAUUCCAGUGUAAAUACUAAUUGUAAUUAUUUUGUACUAUAGCCUAUUUAUUGCCUUACCUCCAUAACUUGCUACAUUUGCACACACUGUAUAUAUAUUUUCUGUUGUAUUUUUUGACUUUAUGUUUUUUUUACCCCAUAUGUAACUCUGUGUUGUUGUUUUUAUCGCACUGCUUUGCUUUAUCUUGGCCAGGUCGCAGUUGUAAAUGAGAACUUGUUCUCAACUGGCUUACCUGGUUAAAUAAAGGUGAAAUAAAAAAUAAAAUAAAGUAGGCAACCGGGAAGACAGGCAGCACUUAAAGUAGAUGGCCCUAGCUAGCAAAAAGACAGUACUAGAACAGAAAAAGACACAAAAAAACUCAAACUGGUGUGCCUGGCACCUGCUAACAUAUCCCGUUCAAAGGCACUUCAAUAUUUGCUUGCUCAUUCACCCUCUGAAUGACACACAUACACAAUCCAUGUCUCAAUUUUCUCAAGGCUAAAAAAUCCUUCUUUACCCUGUCUCCUCCCCCUCCUCCCCUUCAGCUACACUGAACAAGUGACAUCAAUAAUGGAUCAAAGCUUCAAGGAAAGAUCAUGUGUUCCUAAUGUUUUUAACAAAAAAUUACUUAAGAACCUGAUUUAAUGUAUUUUUCAGGCUGCAGCUUCCCAGCAGGACUCAGCAUCUACCCAGAAAAUUGAGAAGGAAAUGACACAUACAGUGAGGGAAAAAAGUAUUUGAUCCCCUGCUGAUUUUGUACGUUUGCCCACUGACAAAGAAAUGAUCAGUCUAUAAUUGUAAUCGUGUGUUUAUUUGAACAGUGAGUGACAGAAUAACAACAAAAAAAUCCAGAAAAACGCAUGUCAAAAAUGUUAUAAAUUGAUUUGCAUUUUAAUGAGGGAAAUAAGUAUUUGACCCCCUCUCAAUCAGAAAGAUUUCUGGCUCCCAGGUGUCUUUUAUACAGGUAACGAGCUGAGAUUAGGAGCACACUCUUAAAGGGAGUGCUCCUAAUCUCAGCUUGUUACCUGUAUAAAAGAAACCUGUCCACAGAAGCAAUCAAUCAAUCAGAUUCCAAACUCUCCACCAUGGCCAAGACCAAAGAGCUCUCCAAGGAUGUCAGGGACAAGAUUGUAGACCUACACAAGGCUGUAACGGGCUACAAGACCAUCGCCAAGCAGCUUGGUGAGAAGGUGACAACAGUUGGUGCGAUUAUUCGCAAAUGGAAGAAACACAAAAUAACUGUCAAUCUCCCUCGGCCUGGGGCUCCAUGCAAGAUCUCACCUCGUGGACUUGCAAUGAUCAUGAGAACGGUGAGGAAUCAGCCCAGAACUACACGGGAGGAUCUUGUCAAUGAUGUCAAGGCAGCUGGGACCAUAGUCACCAAGAAAACAAUUGGUAACACACUAUGCCGUGAAGGACUGAAAUCCUGCAGCGCCCGCAAGGUCCCCCUGCUCAAGAAAGCACAUAUACAGGACCGUCUGAGGUCUGCCAAUGAACAUCUGAAUGAUUCAGAGGAGAACUGGGUGAAAGUGUUGUGGUCAGAUGAGACCAAAAUAGAGCUCUUUGGCAUCAACUCAACUCGCCAUGUUUGGAGGAGGAGGAAUGCUGCCUAUGACCCCAAGAACACCAUCCCCACCAUCAAACAUGGAGGUGGAAACAUUAUGCUUUGGGGGUGUUUUUCUGCUAAGGGGACAGGACAACUUCACCGCAUAAAAGGGACGAUGGACAGGGCAAUGUACCGUCAAAUCUUGGGUGAGAACCUUCGUCCCUCAGCCAGGGCAUUGACAAUGGGUCAUGGAUGGGUAUUCCAGCAUGACAAUGACCAAAAACACACGGCCAAGGCAACAAAGGAGUGGCUCAAGAAGAAGCACAUUAAGGUCCUGGAGUGGCCUAGCCAGUCUCCAGACCUUAAUCCCAUUGAAAAUCUGUGGAGGGAGCUGAAGGUUCGAGUUGCCAAACGUCAGCCUCGAAACCUUAAUGACUUGGAGAAGAUCUGCAAAGAGGAGUGGAACAAAAUCCCUCCUGAGAUGUGUGCAAACCUGGUGGCCAACUACAAGAAACGUCUGAGCUCUAUGAUUGCCAACAAGGGUUUUGCCACCAAGUACUAAGUAAUGUUUUGCAGAGGGGUCAAAUACUUAUUUCCCUCAUUAAAAUGCAAAUCAAUUCAUAUAUUUUUUUACAUGCGUUUUUCUGGAUUUUUUUGUUGUUAUUCUGUCUCUCACUGUUCAAAUAAACCUACCAUUAAAAUUAUAGACUGAUGUCUUUGUCAGUGGGAAAACGUACAAAAUCAGCAGGGGAUCAAAUACUUUUUUCCCUCACUGUAUGUGCUUCCUUGUAGUUUCCUGAUUGCCUGAACCCCCUAUGCCAGCUUUGCUGCCUGGAUCUUCUUCAACAAAAGAGCUGCCUUUACAGUGGCGGCGGUAGGUAUCCUAGCGGGUAAGAACGUUGGGCCAGGAACGGAAAUGUCACUGGUUCAAGCCGACUAGGUGAAAAAUCGGUUGAUGUUCCCUUGAUUGAGAAAGGCACUUAACCCUAAUUGCUGCUGUAAGUCGCUCUGGAUACGUGCGUCUGCUAAAUGACUAAAAUGUAAAUGUAAUUACACUGCACAUUUCAAGGCAUCUCUACUCUUUCACAAAUCUGAACUUGGUAUACUAACUGUCAUUUAUGUUAAGACAGUGACAUGCUUAACAAAUUAGGACAAUGUUCCAUUGCCUCACACAAAACCUUCUGCACAUAAUUGCUUUUCAUAGCUAACGUCGUAAGAUACCUAUUGUGAAUGGAUGACCUUGGGAUGACAUAGUGAACUGCUCUCAUGCUUUUGUCUUGAAGGAUUGAGAUUUUAUUGGUACAAAGUGAGGCGACGUACACUGAGUGCACAGAACAUUAAGAACACCAUGUUAAUAUUGAGCUGCACCCUUGGUCCUUAUUCUUUCUUUACAGUUUCAUACAUGCUGUCCACGUUGUUCUAUGGCAAGAACUCAAUGGGUGAUGAGGGGGGUUCUUCUGUGUCAACAAGCAAGACAGGACUGUCUUCUGUGUCAACAGCACAGAGUCUUCUGUUGUCUGUUGGGACUCUGAAUCCUCUCUGCGUUCUAUUUCUUCUUUCUAAGCAGCUCUUAUGUGUCUGACAGUCACUGUUGGUGUCAGAUUUCGGUGAUUGAUAGUGCUGACAGUGACACUAAGCUCUGUGUUUAAGCUAUAGUGUCACCAUUGAUUUUCUCAAUAAGCUAAUGUAUACACGGAAAGACCAUAUUAAUAACCUUUUACUGCAGUGGGCUAAAUCAGGGUCACACAGUGUUUCUUGGUAGUCUUAAACAAAUCUACUUUGAAACAAAAGUAUACAACUCACACAAAAUGGUUAUGGCCUCAAAAUAAAGAAGACACCUGUACCAUGUCAGAUAUAGAGUUGAAAUGUAUUACAUUGUGAGUUUGUAUCCCAAAAUUACACUUUAUAUACAUCACAGAAGACUGAAAUAUAACAAAACCGUUUCACAUAGAAACACCAGAUUUUUGGCAUAAAAAACAAACAAAUGAUUAAUUAUGAAAUUAUGAAAAAUAUUAAUAACAUUCCACCCAUGAGGCCACUAGGUCAUUUGACUACAGGAAAGGGUUUUGCACCACACUGUAACUGUAUAUAAGAAGGUACCCCUCAGGCCAGAAGCAUCCUUUUUUAACGGGGUUGCUCAAACAAGUUAUUUUUGGUGGUAAGACAUAUGUGGAACAUUAUUUAAAUGGUUGUCGCAACCUUGAUUUUGUAGUCUGCACUUGCAUGCAUAAAUGCAUUCUGAGAAACCAUUGAAUAGAUCUUUAUAUUUAUGUAACUUUUAGGCCAUGAAUCUAAUAAUGUACAUACUUUAUUAUAAAAUAAAAAAGUAGGACGGGACAAAUACAUGUAUUGUUUACUUUGCUAUUUCAAUUUGUUCAGCUGAUCACUUCACAAACAAUUCAUCAGCGAAAUCAUGAAAUGUUGUAUCUGGAAAUACGUCCAAAUGAGGGAUCAAGACCAUAGUAAUGUUAUGAUACAAACUCACUGAUCAGUGACCAUUUUAAGCAUUUUCUUUUAUAAAUGCCUUAUAACAAAAGCCUUUCUCCUGAGGUCUUCAUCCUUAUUUUCAGAGGUGGAUCAGAGAAAUCUGUCCUGAAGAGUUGUGUUAGCUCCCAAAACUAAUGUAUAGGCUUCAGAUCAAGGGACUUACGCUGUCUUGUGGCAUGCAGGAGACCCGGGUCGAACCCCAGUUGGUCAAAUGUUAGUGGUCAUAUCCUGUGUCUGUGUCUGGGCCCCGUGUAGCUCAGAUGGUAGAGCAUUGCGUUUGCAACGCCAGGGUUGUGGGUUCAAUUCCCACGGGGGGCCAGUAUGAAAAAUGUAUGCACUCACUAACUGUAAGUUGCUCUGGAUAAGAGCGUCUGCUAAAUGACUAAAAUGUACAAAUGUUUAAAGUACAUUGUUCACUGAUUUUUGGUCCUCAUUCUCUCCCUUCAUUUCCGUAACUGCAUGCUGAUCACCUUGUUCUGCAGCAAGAACCCAUUGGGUGAUGAAGAAGUUUCUUCUGUGUCAACAAGCUGGUCAGAGGUGUCUUCUGUGGACCCUGCAUAGAAACAUACAGUAUCCUCAUAUAUGUCCUCAUUGGUGUCUGGCAGCCACUGGUCAUGUCUGGGAAUUGUAGUUGUGAUUGACAGUACUGACACUAAACUCUGUGUUAAUUAAGCAAUAGAGCAUUUCCUGCGGUCAAUGACCAAAACCGCCCUCUUUGGCCUCAUGGGUAGAAUGUUAUUCAUAUUUUUCAUAAUUAAUAAAGAUUAUAAAAAAAAAAUGUAUGACGAAAAUCUGGUGUUUCUAUGUCAAGGAUUUUUGUUAUAUUUCAGUCUUCUCUGAUGUGUAUAUACAGUAACAUGUAAUAUUGGAAUGCAAACCCAAAAUUGCAUUAAUUUCAACUCUCCCACUCCCCCAUACAGACCUUCUCCAGAUCCUUCAGGUUUCGGGGCUGUCGCUGGGCAACACGGACUUUCAGCUCCCUCCAAAGAUUUUCUAUUGGGUUCAGGUCUGGAGACUGGCUAGGCCACUCCAGGACCUUGAGAUGCUUCUUACGGAGCCACUCCUUAGUUGCCCUGGCUGUGUGUUUCGGGUCGUUGUCAUGCUGGAAGACCCAGCCAUGACCCAUCUUCAAUGUUCUUACUGAGGGAAAGAGGUUGUUGGCCAAGAUCUCGCGAUACAUGGCCCCAUCCAUCCUCCCCUCAAUACAGUGCAGUCGUCCUGUCCCCUUUGCAGAAAAGCAUCCCCAAAGAAUGAUGUUUCCACGUCCAUGCUUCACGGUUGGGAUGGUGUUCUUGGGGUUGUACUCAUCCUUCUUCUUCCUCCAAACACGGCGAGUGGAGUUUAGACCAAAAAGCUCAAGUUCUGUCUCAUCAGACCACAUGACCUUCUCCCAUUCCUCCUCUGGAUCAUCCAGAUGGUCAUUGGCAAACUUCAGAUGGGCCUGGACAUGCGCUGGCUUGAGCAGGGGGACCUUGCGUGCGCUGCAGGAUUUUAUUCCAUGACGGCGUAGUGUGUUACUAAUGGUUUUCUUUGAGACUGUGGUCCCAGCUCUCUUCAGGUCAUUGACCAGGUCCUGCCGUGUAGUUCUGGGCUGAUCCCUCACCUUCCUCAUGAUCAUUGAUGCCCCACGAGGUGAGAUCUUGCAUGGAGCCCCAGACCGAGGGUGAUUGACCGUCAUCUUGAACUUCUUCCAUUUUCUAAUAAUUGUGCCAACAGUUGUUCAAUCAAUCAAUUUUAUUUUAUAUAGCCCUUCUUACAUCAGCUAAUAUCUCGAAGUGCUGUACAGAAACCCAGCCUAAAACCCCAAACAGCUAGUAAUGCAGGUGUAGAAGCACGGUGGCUAGGAAAAACUCCCUAGAAAGGCCAAAACCUAGGAAGAAACCUAGAGAGGAACCAGGCUAUGAGGGGUGGCCAGUCCUCUUCUGGCUGUGCCGGGUGGAGAUUAUAACAGAACCAUGCCAAGAUGUUCAAAAAUGUUCAUAAGUGACAAGCAUGGUCAAAUAAUAAUCAGGAAUAAAUCUCAGUUGGCUUUUCAUAGCCGAUCAUUAAGAGUUGAAAACAGCAGGUCUGGGACAGGUAGGGGUUCCAUAACCGCAGGCAGAACAGUUGAAACUGGAAUAGCAGCAAGGCCAGGCGGACUGGGGACAGCAAGGAGUCACCACGGCCGGUAGUCCCGACGUAUGGUCCUAGGCUCAGGUCUCUCAGUUGGCUUUUCAUAGCCGAUCAUUAAGAGUUGAAAACAGCAGGUCUGGGACAGGUAGGGGUUUCGUAACCGCAGGCAGAACAGUUGAAACUGGAAUAGCAGCAAGGCCAGGCGGACUGGGGACAGCAAGCUGCUUGCCUAUUGUCCUUCUCACCAAGCUGCUUGCCUAUUGUCCUGUAGCCCAUCCCAGCCUUGUGCAGGUCUACAAUUGUAUCCCUGAUGUCCUUACACAGCUCUCUGGUCUUGGCCAUUGUGGAGAGGUUGGAGUCUGUUUGAUUGAGUGUGUGGACAGGUGUCUUUUAUACAGGUAACGAGUUCAAACAGGUGCAGUUAAUACAGGUAAUGAGUGGAGAACAGGAGGGCUUCUUAAAGAAAAACUAACAGGUCUGUGAGAGCUGGAAUUCUUACUGGUUGGUAGGUGAUCAAAUACUUAUGUCAUGCAAUAAAAUGCAAAUUAUUACUUAAAAAUCACAGCCAGUGCAACUAAGGAGUGGCUCCGUAAGAAGCAUCGCAAGGUCCUGGAGUGGCCUAGCCAGUCUCCAGACCUGAACCCAAUAGAAAAUCUUUGGAGGGAGCUGAAAGUCCGUGUUGCCCAGCGACAGCCCCGAAACCUGAAGGAUCUGGAGAAGGUCUGUAUGGAGGAGUGGGCCAAAAUCCCCGCUGCAGUGUGUGCAAACCUGGUCAAGACCUACAGGAAAUGUAUGAUCUCUGUAAUUGCAAACAGGUUUCUGUACCAAAUAUUAAGUUCUGCUUUUCUGAUGUAUCAAAUACUUAUGUCAUGCAAUAUAAUGCAAAUUAAUUACUUAAAAAUCAUACAAUGUGAUUUUCUGGAUAUUUGUUUUAGAUUCCAUCUCUCACAGUUGAAGUGUACAUAUGAUAAAAAUUACAGACCUCUACAUGCUUUGUAAGUAGGAAAACCUGCAAAAUCGGCAGUGUAUCAAAUACUUGUUCUCCUCACUGUAUAUAUACAUUUUAAGUAUAAAGCUUACUUUGGCUGAACAUACAAACACGCACUGUGUAAUAAGUAUGCUUCAAUUUUACUUCAGUAUCAAAAUGUUUUUCUAUUCUGGUACCUUUUGAAAACCAUUGAGAAAUACAUUUGUUAGGGAGUAACUGUCUGGCUGAUUGAGAUAAAGCAUUAAUGCCUAUUUUCUCAUUUGAAAGCUGCUGAUGCUAUAACAGUAUGCUAUGUUUUUUUUAAUUUUUAAUUUUAUUUAACCUUUAUUUAACUAGGCAAGUUAGUUAAGAACAAAUUCUUAUUUACAAUGACGGCCUACACCAGCCAAACCCGGACGACGCUGGGCCAAUUGUGCGCUGCCCUAUUGGACUCCCAAUCACGUCCGGUUGUGAUACAGCCUGGAAUCGUACCAGUGGGUCUGUAGUGACGCCUCAAGCACUGAGAUGCAGUGCCUUAGACCGCUGCGCCACUCGGGAGUAUGCUAUGGUAUCCUACUCAAAUUACUUAUAAUUGCAGUUUUAUUGCAGAUGGUGGCAUGUGGUUAACUUUAUUUUCAGGUAAAAACUAACAGCAAUAUUUCUAUCUCCAAAUUUUUUUUCACUCACUCACUCACUCACUCAUAAACACACACACACUCACAUAUUCUCAGUAGCAGGCUGUGUGCUUAUGAUGGUGACAGAGUGACUGCAUCAGCUCCAUCUGUCAUGCUCUGUGAACAAAACUGGUUUCUAUAUAUAGAACAUAACCCACUCCAGAUCUGGAUACUAAAUAUAUAUGUUGUUGUGAUAAGAUCACCUAAGUGUUUAUGACAAGACUAAUUAUCCAAAUCUCUCUCAUUCAAAUCCCCCCGCCCGUAAACCCCCCCCCCCCCCCCCCCCCCCCCCCCCACGUGGUACUCUCCUUGAUCACAAUUUGAUCCCUGAUGCGGCUGCUUAGAUGGGUAUAUAACCAUACCCAGAGCAUCCCUGAUAACAAAGGAGCUAGAAGACACUAGACUGCAGCUAGAGCAGAUUCUCCACUUUUCAUCUCAACCACUCCUUGGCUAAAGAUGCAGAAUGGCACUGAAGGAAACAACUUCUACAUCCCCAUGUCCAACAGGACUGGACUUGUAAGAAGUCCCUUUGAAUACCCUCAGUUCUACUUGGCACCUCCAUGGCAAUUCUAUCUGCUUGCUGUCUACAUGUUUUUCCUGAUCUGUUUUGGAUUCCCCAUCAACGGUCUGACCUUGUACGUCACAGCCACAAACAAGAAGCUCCAGCAACCCCUCAACUUCAUUCUGGUCAACUUGGCUGCAGCUGGAAUGAUCAUGGUAAUCUUUGGAUUCACCAUCACCUUCAUUACCUCCAUCUAUGGCUACUUUGUAUUUGGACCUAUAGGCUGUGCCAUUGAGGGCUUCAUGGCUACAAUUGGAGGUAAGAGAACAUCCAGUCACAUACAUUCUACUAGCAUUGACUUUGCUCAUAACUACUGUCUUAAGGGAACAUGUACUUUCUAUGACUGUGAUAUGUGGUUGUCUCACCCGGUCUCACUGGAUAAAAGCGUAUUUGUGUAAUACAGCCAAACUAAGUCAAAUUCUUGUUAUUUUGUUGCUAUAUUUACAUAAUACCUUUAUGUCUCAAUUAACAUACUGAUAUAAGCAACCAAUCCUGGUCUACAAAACAUUAAUUGUUUGAGAUAUAUACAUUGAUGGAGAUGCUGGAAGAAGUCUCAGCAACCAAAUGCAAAACAGGAUAUAACUACUGUAUUUUUCUCUUUCCUUGUCUCAUUCUAGGUCAGGUUUCUCUGUGGUCUCUGGUGGUGCUGGCCAUUGAGAGAUACAUUGUGGUCUGCAAGCCCAUGGGAAGCUUCACAUUCACUACCACCCACGCUGGUGCCGGAUGUGCAUUCACCUGGGUCAUGGCAAUGUCUUGUGCUGCCCCCCCAUUGGUUGGCUGGUCUAGGUAACUCAAAACAUUGAUUAAUAAGAGGUCUCACAGAGCUAUACAUUGCAAGGGGGUACUCAUCUUUCUCACAAAUGGCCUUUUCUGGUUUUCUCAAGAAACCUUGCCACAUCAGCCUUUUUAGUGGAGAGGUGAGGAGGGAUAAUGCCAAUUUUAGGCAAUAAAUGAUUGCAUUGCAAGGAUAGUGUGAACAGAUUUGGAAUUUAACCAAGCCCAACCAGACCCAACGAGGCCCAAUCUUGAGUAGUUUAGAAAAUGAUAGCCAACAAAAGAAUGCAAGAUGGUGAGGCUAAGUAUGUUUAGUCGAUCGUUCACUGAACCUUAGCUGAGACCUUAGCAUGAACCUAAAGACUCUCUCCAAUAGUCUAGGCUAGACUUGAGGUCAAUGGGAUAGCUUACAUGAUCUUGAGGUUCAUAGGACAACCUGAGUUGGAUACGUGGUUAGCUGACUCAGAUCACUUGACUGAUGUCUAUCAGCUGUUAUUAAGUUGUUACUGAAACUAAGCAUGUCUGAUUGGUACCUUCAAAUCCUUCUAUAGCUAGAGGACUCCUGGUAUCUCCAGGAGUGAUAAGUAUCCUUUUUUUGGUCUUUAUCUGUUGUGGUCUAGUACUGUCUUUUUGCUAGCUAGGGUCAUCUACUUUAAGUGCUGCCUGUCUUCCCAGUGGCCUACUUGGUGUGUGAACUGCUGACUGCUCAUAAUUUGCAGAUAGUUGUUGACACAUCAACCAGGAUCAAGGCGCAGGGCAAUAUGUGACUUGUUUUAGUAAUCAGUGGCUGUAUUGUAGGUGGAGUGGUUUCACCUCUCCUAAGCAAUCAGCAAUUAGUACAGGGAGGUGUGCUCUCCACCUCUGCUAGGCAAUUAGCAAUUAGUGUUAGUUCUUCAGUCUCCCCUGGUUUCUCAGCAGCAGCUGUAAGUGGCAGUUGUGUUUCAAAACUAAGGCCGUCCCCAAAACAAAGACGGUUCUGCUAAGUUGUUCUGCUGAGUUCUUCGAGAGAGGAAGGCUCCACACCACUCUCUCACUUGUGUAUUUUACCUAGUUAUUUACAGAUUAUCUAAUUUUGCUAUUUUGUAGCAUUGUCAACUAUGUGUGUGUGUUUUCCAUACCUGUUCGCACCUCUCCCUGUAGGCUUUACAGACGCUCCCCACCCCUUGGCUGCAACCCUUCUAAUUUAGUGUAACCUGCGCGCACAACCCAUGUGGAAUUCCGGGUCUCUGGCAGCGUUUGGAACUGAUCUGUGGUCAAGAACGCCGAGUUCAUAUCAGCCUUUGCUGCCCUUAAGUCCCUUGUCUUUUUGGCCCUGACGGAGACAUGGAUCACCCCAGAGAACACUUCUACUCCAGCUGCUCUUUCUUCAUCUGACUAUGUUUUCUCUCACAGCCUGCCUGGUUUUCAACAUUCCCAAGUUCUCUCAUGUCACCCCGCUCCUCUGCACACUCCACUGACUUCCAGUCGAAGCUCGUAUCCACUACAAGACCAUGGUGCCUACCUACGGAACAGCAAGAGGAACGGCCCCUCCCUACCUUCAGGCUGUGUUCAAACCCUACACUCCAACCCAAGCACUCCGUUCUGCCACCUCAGGUCUCUUGGCCUUCCCACCCCUACGGGAGGGCAGUUCCCGCUCAGCCCAGUCCAAGCUCUUCUCUGUCCUGGCACCCCAAUGGUGAAACCAGCUUCCCCCUGAAGCUAGGACAGCAAAGUCCCUGCCCAUCUUCCGAAAACAUCUGAAACCCUACCUCUUCAAACAGUAUCUAAAAUAAUCAUCCUCCUCACCUCGACCACCCCCCCCCCCCCCCCCCCUCCCAUUCUAGCUCUGACUCUACUGAUAGCUACGUUGUUGAGGAAAAAUGUACUUUGUAUGCCUGUGAUAUGAGGUUGUCCCACAUAGUGCAUUGAUCUUAAGAUUACUAACUGUAAGUCGCUCUGGAUAAGAGCGUCCGCUAAAUGACUAAAAUGUAAAUGUAACUUUUAACUGAGAAGUUCUGGAGACCACUGUACUCAGAUAAUAAAUAAUGGAGCAUGGUCUUCAAACUAAAAAGAGAGAUUUAAAGUAGUUUUAUGUGGUUUAUUCAAUUUAGCCUUAGUGAGGAAAGACUUGAACAAACAUGUUGGCCACAUCGGCUUAAACCAGUGAAUGCAUCAGUGCAGCCUUGCCUGAGAACCGGAGACCCCAAUGGUCUAAUGUAGUCUUGAGGCGUGAAUACCACCAGGGUUUGAUACCCUGUUGAUUAUGUUGGUGCGAAUCACAACUUCCACUUAAGUUUCACUUAGUCGUGCAUUGAUUUCAAUGGGAGACUAAGUGAAAAUAUGAGAUAAGUGGAAAUUAGGUUUCACCCACAAUGGAUAGAUAAAUUACAAACUGUGCCAAAUACCCAGUCUGAUUAGUUAAUGAAUAACUGGAUGACAAGUUAAUGAUUGAUAUUGGAUUGGUACUGUAUGUACACUGUAGAGAGGGCAGGCAAGCAAUGUGCAGGCAUUCUGCCAACCUUCCCCCACUUCAAUAGACUGGGAGCGCUUGAGUAGUUCUCUACUACAGUAAUUUACAGUAGCUCUUUUCAGCCUUGGCCUCUCAGUUUUCUCCUUGUUGUUACAAUGCUAUUCAUAACAUUUAACUGGCACAGUAAACUGACCACUUCUUCUUCCAAAUAAGUGAAUAGAAUAAUGUAUUAUGAAGUUAAAAUCUUAUCUGGUUCUCCAAGAUCCGAUCACAGUGGCCAGGAAUGUUUUGGGAAAGAUUGUGAUCUGAUCUGUUGAGACUGUCCCCUGAGGUGGAAGUAGACAUAUUGAGUUUGUGUUUUUAGGAUGUUGACAAUAGCCUCUCAGCAUUCUGCCCUUCAGGAUUGGAUUAGGCACUGAGACAGGGCAAAAACCAUAUCAUCUGGUUAUACUGCAUAAGUAUAACUAUACAGCAUCUAAGUCAAUUAUCUGAUUAAUACAUUUGACAAAUAGAGUAUUUAUAGUAACGGUCCUUCAGAAAGGAGUUGAUCAUUCAAAGACUUUAUCCAAGGCAUAACUGUGAUAACCUUUUAUACAUUUUAAAGUAAAAUAUUUUAAAACAGGCUAAUUUAUUGUCUUUCCCACAUAGAUAUAUCCCAGAGGGCAUGCAGUGCUCAUGUGGACCUGACUACUACACAAUGGCCGAAGGCUUCAACAAUGAAUCAUAUGUCUUGUACAUGUUCACCUGCCACUUCUGUGUUCCUGUCAUCACCAUCUUCUUUACUUACGGAAGCCUGGUCCUCACAGUCAAGGCGGUAAGACAGUUAAUUAUAAUACACUGCUCAAACACAGCCACACAGACUUACAGUAUGUCUAUCUCUUUUUGCUAAACACAACAAAUGAAUCAAUAGAUAUUCAGUGGUUGAAUGUAGUUGAGAUAUACUGCCCAUACUUUUUUAUCAAACAAUUAACUGAUUAACUGAUUUCAUGCGUUUUUCCUUGUUUGUUUUCAGGCUGCAGCUUCCCAGCAGGACUCAGCAUCUACCCAGAAAGCUGAGAAGGAAGUGACACGUAUGUGCUUCCUGAUGGUUUGUGGUUUCCUGAUUGCCUGGACCCCCUAUGCCAGCUUUGCUGCCUGGAUCUUCUUCAACAAAGGAGCUGCAUUUACAGCCACAGCCAUGGCUAUUCCAGCCUUCUUCUCAAAGAGCUCAGCCAUCUUCAACCCAGUCAUCUAUGUGCUGAUGAACAAACAGGUUGGUAACAUAUUUUGGUCUCUCUCUUUUUGUGCAUCAAAAAACAAUGCUUUAUGUUGGGAAAAGUGAAAAAUGCUAUCAAUCUAUUUCUCUAAUUAUCCUUCUCUCUCUACAGUUCCGUAGCUGCAUGUUGGCUGCUGUAGGAAUUAGUUCAGGAUCUGAUGACGAGACCUCUGUGUCAGCAAGCAAGACAGAAGUGUCCUCUGUGGGCCCUGCAUAACAACUUCAAAGGAUUACAUUUUUUACAUGGACUGGCAUAUUUUCAAUUAGGAAGAUUUAUUUUCAAAUCAGCAGAUGCCCUCUUACAGUACAGUCCUCAAAACAUUGCAUAAUCAAACAUAGCUCGUUUUUAUUGUGCAUUUUAUAUUGCAGUUUCUUAGACCACCGAAGCACAGAAGAACUUUCCCAUUGUGAUUUUUCGUUUUUUCCCAGCAAGGUGAAUCCUCAAGAGUUUUCAUGAUUAACUAUUUGAAGGUUUUGCUUUUGUUCCGUAGCUUUGGGCAAUCUUCACAGUGAGACACACAAUUCCUCUUUGAGCAACACCUGCUGUAAUGAACAGCAAUACCACUAAAAGGCAAGUCAUGUUACUGGUACACAAAGUGGAUUCUUUCCAAUUACAGGAGAGGUGGGCAGCAGGUAGCAUAGCGGUUAAGUCCAUCAGGCCAGUAACCAAAAUGUUGCUGGUUUGAAUCCCGGAGCCGACUAGUUGAAAAAACUGUUGAUUGAGCAAGGCACUUAACCCUAAUUGCUCCUAUAUGUCGCUCUCGAUAAGAGUGUCUGCUAAAUGACUAGAAUGUAAAUGUAAUUACACUUCAAGGCAUCUCUACUCUUUCACAAAUCUGCACUUGGUAUACUAACCGUCAUUUAUGUCAAGAGAGUGACAUAUAUACCAAAUUAAGGACCCUUUUCCAUUAUUUCACACAAUACAUUCUGUACAUAAUUGUUUUUCACAGCUGAGGUGGUAAGAUACCUAUUGUGAAUGGAUGAGCUUGAGAUGGCAUAGUGAACUACUCUCAUGCUUUUGUCUUGAAGGAUUGAGAUUUAAUUGGUGCAAAGUGAGGCUACAUAUACUGAGUGUACAAAACAUUAAGAACAUCUUCCAAAUAUUGAGUUGCUGAUUGUGCCCCUACUGUACCUUCACCUGUGGGAAUCUAGGAAGAGAAGUCUACAAUCACAAGUAUGUGGAUUGUUGGGAGUUUAAACUGCUUAGGAUCCGACAAUCAUAAUUGUUCUAUUUAUUACACACUUCUGCCCUCAGAAAAGCCUCAAUUUGUCAGGGCAUGGACUACAAGGUGUCGCAAGCCUUCCACAGGGAUGCUGGCCCAUGUUGACUCCAAUGCUUCCCACAGUUGUUUCAAGUUGGCUGGAUGUCCUUUGGGUGGUGGACCAUUCUUGAUACACACUGGAAACUGUUGAGCGUGAAAAACGCAGUAGCGUUGCAGUUCUUGACACAAACCUGGCACAUAGUACCAUACCCUGUUCAAAGGCAGUUACAUGUUUUGUCUUGCCCAUUCACCCUCUGAAUGGCACAUGUACACAAUCCAUGUCUCAAUUGUCUCAAGGCUUAAAAAUCCUUCAUUACCUGUCUCCUCCCUUCAUCUACACUGAAUAAGCGGAUUUAACAAGUGACAUCAAUAAGGGAUCAUAGCUUUCACCUGGAUUCACCUGGUCAGUCUUUUUCAUGGAAAGAGCAGCUGUUCCUAAUCUUUUGUACACCCAGUGUACAUGUGGCUUUUGUUGGCCACCUGUAUGUUAUUGUUUGCUGAAAAUAUUUUAUAAAUUCUUCUUAUGAAAAUUGUAUUCUAGAUUAAUAAAUGCAUGCAUCAAAAGGUGUUUGUGUCAUUGAAUGUUUUUGACUGGUUCAUGUUUGGUUGUUUGAUCCCAGUUGGUCACACAUGCUAGGUGCUACCAAAAAUGUUAAUUGAUUUAUACACAACGUGCUAUCAAAAAACGUAAUUGAAUUUUUCCAAGUUCCUCUUAUUUGUCAUGUCCUUAGUAGGAGUCUGUAUGUAGUCGCUGGCUUUUAGACCUUAUUCUUUCUCUACAGUUUCAUACAUGCUGACCACGUUGUUCUAUGGCAAGAACUCAAUGGGUGAUGAGGGGGCUUCUUCUGUGUCAACAAGCAAGACAGGACUGUCUUCUGUGGGCCCAGCAGAGAGUCUUCUGUUGUCUUUGGGACUCAGAAUCCUCUCUGCAUUCUAUUUCUUCUUUCUAAGCAGCUCUUAUGUGUCUGACAGUCACUGUUGGUGUCAGAUAUCGGUGAUUGAUAGUUCUGACAGUGACACUAAGCUCUGUGUUUAAACUAUAGUGUCACCAUGGAUUUUCUCAAUAAGCUAAUGUAUACACGGAAAGGCCAUAUUAACCUUUUACUGCAAUGGGCUAAAUCAGGGUCACACACAGUGUUUCUUGGUAGUCUUAAACAAAUCUACUUUGAAACAAAAGUGUACAGCUCACACACAUGGGUAUGGGCUUACAAAAAAGAAAACACCUGUACCAUGUCAGAUAUACAGUUGGAAUUUUUUCAAUUUUGAGUUUGUAUCCCAAUAUUACACUUUAUAUACAGUACCAGUCAAAAGUUUAAACACACCUACUCAUUCAAGGGUUUUUCUUUAUCUUUACUAUUUUCUACAUUGUAGAAUAAUAGUGAAGACAUCAAAACUAUGAAAUAACACAUAUGGAAUCAUGUAGUAAGCAAGAAAGUGUUAAACAAAUCAAAAUAUACUUUAUAUUUGAGAUUCUUCAAAUAGCCACCAUUUGCUUUGAUGACAGCUUUGCACACUCGUGGAAUUCUCUCAACCAGCUUCACCUGGAAUGCUUUUCCAACAGUCUUGAAGGAGUUCCCACAUACGCUGAGCACUUGUUGGCUACUUUUCCUUCACUCUGCGGUCCGACUCAUCCCAAACCAUCUCAAUUGGGUUGAGGUCGGGGGAUUGUGGAGACCAGGUCAUCUGAUGCAGCACUCCAUCACUCUCCUUCUUGGUAAAAUAGCCCUUACACAGCCUGGAGGUGUGUUGGGUCAUUGUCCUGUGGGAAAACAAAUGAUAGUCCCACUAAGCCCAAACCAGAUGGGAUGGCGUAUCACUGCAGAAUGCUGUGGUAGCCAUGCUGGUUAAGUGUGCCUUGAAUUCUAAAUAAAUCACCAGCAGAGCACCCCCACACCAUAACACCUCCUCCUCCAUGCUUUACGGUGGGAAAUACACAUGCAGAGAUCAUCCGUUCACCCACACGCGUCUCACAAAGACACAGCGGUUGGAACUAAAAAUCUCAAAUUUGGACUCCAGACCAAAGGACAAAUUUCCACCUAUUGCUCGUGUUUCUUGGCCCAAGCAAGUCUCUUCUUAUUAUUGGUGUCCUUUAGUUGUGGUUUCUUUGCAGCAAUUUGACCAUGAAAGCCUGAUUCAUGCAGUCUCCUCUGAACAGUUGAUGUUGAGAUAUGUCUGUUACUUGAACUCUGUGAAGCAUUUAUUUGGGCUCUAAUCUGAGGUGCAGUUAACUCUGGGUGUUCCAUUCCUGUGGCGGUCCUCAUGAGAGACAGUUUCAUCAUAGCGCUUGAUGGUUUUUGCGACUGCACUUGAAGAAACUCAUGUCUUAAAGUAAUGAUGGACUGUCGUUUCUCUUUGCUUAUUUGAGCUGUUAUUGCUAUAAUAUGGACUUGGUAUUUUAACAAAUAGGGCUAUCUUCUGUAUACCCCCCUACCUUGUCACAACACAAGGGAUUGGCUCAAACGCAUUAAGAAGGAAAGAAAUUCCACAAAUUAACUUUUAACAAGACACACCUGUUAAUUGAAAUGCAUUCCAGGUGACUAUCUCAUGAAGCUGGUUGAGAGAAUUCCAAGAGUGUGCAAAGCUGUCAUCAAGGCAAAUGGUUGCUAUUUGAAGAAUCUCAAAUAUAAAACAUAUUUUGAUUUGUUUAACACUUUUUUCUCUUCCGCUACGGCGACAGCGGCGGAUGAACACCUGGGCCGAGGGUAUGCCGACCUUCCUCUUGCUCCGGGAAGAGCGGGGGCUGAUAUCCCAGGGAACAUUCAAAAGACGAGAGACCAGUGGCAGAGCAGGGAAGGGUGUUGCGGGCGUACUCAACCCACACAAGUUGCUGGCUCCAGGUGGUGGGGUUGGCGGUGACAAGGCAGAGAAGAGUCGUCUCCAGGUCCUGAUUGGCUUGCUCUGACUGGCUGUUAGACUGGGGGUGGAACCCGGAGGACAGGCUGGCCGACGACCCAAUGAGCGUGCAGUACGCCUUCCAGAACCGGGACGUUAACUGAGGACCCUGGUCCACCGGGAGUCCAUGGAUCUGGAAGAUGUGCUGCACUGUGAGCUGGGCCGUCUCUUUGGCAGAGGGUAGUGUGGGGAGAGGAAUGAAAUGGGUGGCUUUGGAAUUCCGGUCCAGCUCAGUAAGGAUGACGGUGUUGCCAUCAGAUGGGGGGAGACCAGUGACGAAGUCCAGGGAUAUGUGUGACCAGGGACGGUGAGGGACAGGAAGGGGUUGAAGGAGUCCAGCCAGAGCUUGUCGAGGAGUCUUAUUCUGCUCACAGAUCGUGCAGGCGGCGAUGAACGCGGAGACGUCAGGAACCAUGGUAGGCCACCAUUAACGUUGUCACACAAAGGCCAGGGUCCGACGGGAACCCGGGUGGCAGGUAAGCCUGGAGGAGUGGGCCCACUCCAGGACCGAGGGACGGACAGCAUCAGGAACAAACAUCCGGUUAUCUAAGCCCCCCUUUGGGUUCGGCUGGGAUCGCUGUACCUCACGGACCUGCUUCUCGAUUCCCCAGCUGAGAGCCGCCGCCAGACACGAGGUGGGGAGGAUGGUCUCCGGGUCCGAUGGGGUAGCGGCGGGGCUAUAGCGGCAUGAGAGCGCAUCCGGCUUGAUAUUCUUGGAACCCGGGCGGUAGGAGAGGGAGAAGUUAAACCAGGUGAAAAGCAGGGCCCACCUAGCUUGCCUGGAAUUGAGACGCUUGGUGGUGCAGAGAUAUUCCAGGUUCUUAUGAUCCGUCCACACAAUGAAAGGAUGUUCUGCCCCCUCCAACCAGUGCCUCCACUCCUGCAACGCCACCUUCACUGCAUCGUAAUUCCUCUCCGUGGCAUUAAGACGAUUGGAGAAGAAGGCACAGGGAUGCAGCUUGAGGUCAAGGGCAGGACGCUGGGACUGGACAGCCCCUACUCCGACAUCCGAAGCUUCGGCCUCCACCACGAACUGACGGGACAGGUCAGGAUGAACUAAUAUGGGAGCUGUGGUGAAGCGGUGUUUGAGGUCCCGGAACGCCUGGUCCGCAGCUGGGGACCAUGUGAACGGAACCUUAGGAGAGGUGAGUGCAGACAGGAGAGAAGCCAUGGUUCUGUAACCCCAGAUAAAGCGGAGAUAGAUAUUGGCAAAUCCCAGGAAGCAUUGUAGCUGCACUCUGGACGUAGGUUGGGGCCAAUCCACCACCGCUCUCAUCUUUCCGGGAUCCAUCUGUAAAUUCCCUGCAGCAAUGAUGUAACCAAGGAAGGGGAUGGUGGAGCUGGUUCUCCAGGAGGCUCUGGAGGACCUGUCGGAUGUGGAGCACGUGUUCUUGGGCUGAGCGGUAGAAAAUGAGGAUGUCAUCGAGGUAGACAAAGACAAACCGGUUCAACAUGUUGUGGAGAACAUUAUUAACCAGGACCUGGAACACAGCUGGAGCGUUGGUAAGACCAAAUGGCAUGACCAGAUAUUCAUAGUGAUCGCUGGCCGUGUUGAAGGCAGUCUUCCACUUGUCGUAUCCGCACCAGGUGGUAGGCAUUCCGCAGGUCCAACUUGGAGAAAAUAGUGGUGCGGCUCGAAGGCCAAGGCGAUGAGUGGUAGCGGGUAGGGGUUCUUAACCAUGAUGUCAUUGAGGCCCCGGUAGUUGACGCACAGGCGCAGGGUUUUGUCCUUCUUCUCCACAAAUAAUCACCCUGCGCUAGCAGGGGAGGCAAAAGGCUGGAUACACCCUGCAGCCAUGGAGUCAUUGAUGUACAGUAUCACUUUUAGUGUAGGUCUCCAUAGCCUUGGUCUCCGGACCCAACAGUUGAUACAGUCAAGGGUGGUAUGUUGCCCGGGAAGAAGGUCAAUCCCGCAGUCAUAGGGUUGGUGCGGAGGAAGCGAAGUGGCCCGGGCGUUACUAAAAACCUGCCGGAGGUCCUGGUACUCUGCUGGAAUGGCGGAGAGGUCCGAAGCAACUUCCGAGACCACAGGAAGACGUCCCGGGCAAUGGGCUUGGCAGAACGGGCUCCAGACCAUGAUGGCACCAGCAGUCCAGUUGAUGAGGUGAUUGUGUCGCUGGAGCCAAGACAAUCCCAAUACCAUGGGAACCUGAGGGGACAUAAUAAGCAGGAAUUGGAUAUCCUCGCUGUGGUUCCCUGGCACUCGUAGGUUGAUGGGAGUGGUAUUGUGGGUGACCCUGCCUAUAGAGCGCCCGUCCAACGCUCUAACAUCCAUGGGAAUGGAGAGGGGUUGAGUGGGGAUGUCCAUGAGUACCCGGAGAGUUUCGACUGAUUCCCCCACAGCAGGGUGGCAUGGAGAGGGGUGCGAGUAAGGGGAGAAGGAAAGCUAUGAAAGUUAUGACCCACCAGAGUACUCGGACCUACCGGUGAGCCUGGUCUUUAAGUGGACAGGAGGACACGAAAUGACCAGUAGUCCCGCAAUACAGAUAACUCUUAGUGUUAAGCCUGCGUAAACGUUCGGCUGGAGAAAACCUAGUUCUGCCUAGUUGCAUCGGCUCGGGAAGAGGCUAAUCGCAGACUUCGGGAACUCUCAGGGAAACUCGGGUAGCCUCGGAUUCUCUCUGAGAUGGCGACGUCAGGGACUUCCGGGAUGCCUCGGAGGCGAGGUGGAAUCCUUGGGCGGGCGAGUGGAAUCGGACCUCCUCUCCUUCCUACGUUCCGCAGCCGGCCAUCGAUCCGGAUAGUCAAGGCGAUAAGCGAGUCGAGAUCCGUAGGUAGUUCCCGGGUUGCUAGCUCGUCCUUAACUUCCUCCAAUAACCCGUGCAGAAACGUGUCGAACAGCAAUUCCGGGUUCCAUGCACUCUCAGCCGCCAACGUGUGGAAAUCCACUGCAUAGUCUGCCACACUGCGGGAGUCUUGCCGAAGCUGGAGUAACUUCCGGGCAGCCUCUCUCCCGGACAAUGGAGAAUCGAAAACCUUCUUCACCUCAUCCACGAACUCCUCCACUGAAUCACACGGCAGACUGUUGUUCCCACACUGCCGUAGCCCAGGCGAGAGCCAUCCCGGACAUUAUUAUUAUUAUUUUUUUUUUUUUUUUUUUUUGGUCAUUUAGCAGACGCUCUUAUCCAGAGCGACUUACAGGAGCAAUUAGGGUUAAGUGCCUUGCUCAAGGGCACAUCGACAGAUUUUUCACCUAGUCGGCUCGGGGAUUAGAACCAGCGACCUUUCGGUUACUGGCACAACGCUCUUACCCACUAAGCUACCUGCCGACAUCAGCGUGAUGAGGUAUGCUAUCUUCGAGCAGUCCAAAGGGAAGGAGGAGGGCUGCAGCUCAAAGAUGAGGGAACACUGUGUGAGAAAUGCCUGACAGGUUCCCGACUCUCCAGCGAAGCGUUCCGGUGGAGGUAAGCGGGGUUCUCGGGAAGCCGGAGUGGCCGGGAGAGAUACGCUGUUGACAACCGGGUUACUGAGGGGCUUGGAGGUUACCGUCGUGGUAGGCUGCCUAACAGACAACCUGCUGAAUUGCUCCAGCAAUGUAUUCAACGUGCGGUCAUGGCGUACGGCCAAGGUCUGGAAACCCUCCAUAAGACCACGCAGCAACUCCUUGUGCCUCCCAAUGGUAGCUCCUUGGGAGGAGAUGGCACUGCGGAGCUGGGUCCGUCAUGGCCAGUUCGUACUAUCAAGGCUCAGGAUAAGACCCAGAUGCAGAUAGUUCGAAAUAGCAAAAGGUUUAUUUACAAAAAAAGGGGGCAGGCAAAUGACAGGUCAAGGGCAGGCAGAGUUCAGUAAUCCAGAGCAGAGUCCGAAAGGUACAGAAACGGCAGGCAGGCUCAGGGUUGAGGCAGGCAGAGGACGCUAAUCCAGAACAGUGUCACAAGGUACAGAACGGCAGGCUGGCUCAGGGUUAGGGUAGGCAGAAUGGUCAACAACAAGAAAAACUGGAAAACAGGGACUAGAGCAAAACAGGAGUACGGGAAAAAUGCGGGUAAGCUUGAUGAGACGAGACAAACUGGCAACAGACUAACAGAAAACAUUGGUAUAAAUACACAGGGGAUAAUGGGGACAAAUGGGAGACACCUGGUGGGGGGUGGAGUGUCUUGGAAAUGUCAGUGAGAGACUUGGACAACCAUUCAAACAAUCAAUCUUUAUUUAACAUCGAUUAGUUAUUGCAAUAAUGAAGCUGGUUGACCGCACGCUCUGAAGUGCUGGUGCUAUGGUCAGAAGACAUCAAAAUAGAGCUCUUUAGCCACACACACCAGUGGUGGGUUUGGCAUCGAAAGAAGGAUGCAAAGAACUACCUACUAUGAAAUAUGGUGGUGGAUCUUUGAUGUUAUGGGGCUAUUUUGCUUCCACUGGUCCUGGGCCCCUUGUUAAGGUCAAUGGCAUCAUUAACUUCUUUAUCACGGGUGUCAAUAAUUUCAGUCAUGACUGUAGUUGUUUUUGGCUGUGUAGUUGAAAAUAGUCAAAUACACUGAAAAGUGUAUUUUCAAAUAUUAAUGCUUUACCCCUGGAAGCCCACACCCAGUUUGCCUUGCAUUCAAAUUAAGAUGAGCCUAGGACAACAAGGGGACGCCAAAAUAUUAGUUUAUGGAUUUUUGUAUUUAAUUUUAUGGCAGAAUAUUUAAUGGAUAUUUGAAAUGUAUUUCAUUUGGCCAGUGUAUUUAAAAAUACUUAAAUACACAGAAAAUACGUACUUCACAUACAAUACGCAUGUAUUGAACCCAGAUCUGCACACUACUGUAAGUUGCUUUGGAUAAAAUGGUGUGCUAAAUGGUAUAUAUUAUUUUGUAUUAUUUUUGUAUUAUAUAUUAACGGUAUUAUAUUAUUAGAUAUUAUCAAGUGAACAGAAUAUGAACCCCAUCUCACAAUGUGGCAGAAUUGCAUGACUCUAUAAGGUAUACACAUUUUAUGUGAGAACACCAAAUUGUUAUGCCCAAUUUUGCUGCAUACUGUACCUUGUGAAUACUUUUAUAGGGUAGAGUAUAUACAUGUAUCAGCUCAACAAACCACAGCAUAAAGGACCCAGCCUACAAGAAACCUUAGUUGCUGUAUAUUUUCACUUCAUAUUAGUAUUUUAGUAUAAUGUGGAUGUAUUUGACUGAAGUUAUUUAUAAGAUGUAUAAUUAGGUUUAUAAAUUACAAUGUGCAAUCUCUGACUCAAAUACUAGUCUAUAGAUUGACCUUUGAUUGAGGUAAAUUGUCAUUUUAUUGUGAUUUAGGGGUGCUGAGUGCAAAAACAGACAAACAAAUAAACAAAUAAACAAAUAAUCAAAUAAAUAGAAUAAAGGUGGUAAUUGGGAGCAUAUACAGCCUUUCUGUUAUUUUCAUACCAACCUGUGAAAUGUCUCUACAACUUGCACUCUCAUAGACUGUUCAAAGGCCAAUGAAUAAAUAUCCAAAUCCCCUGGAAUCAGACGUUAAUAAACUAUAAGACUGAAUCGCAUAAUCCCUGGCUAAUCUAAUUAACAGAUUUUAAAUUCCCUGAAAGCAGCCUCCACAAAAUGGUAUAAAAUCAAUCCCAAGACAACAAUUGCAUUAGAGAGGUGCUGCAUCCAAAGAGACAGGGUUGACCAAAUUACAAAACUUUUUCUUCAUCUUACCACCCGUCCAUUUACUCAAAAUGAACGGCACUGAGGGCCACAACUUCUACAUCCCCAUGUCCAACAGGACUGGGCUUGUAAGGAGUCCUUUUCUAUACCCUCAGUACUACUUGGCGGAUCCAUGGCAAUUCUAUCUGCUUGCUGUCUACAUGUUUUUCCUGAUCUGUUUUGGAUUCCCCAUCAAUGGGCUGACCCUGUACGUCACAGCCACAAACAAGAAGCUCCAGCAACCUCUAAACUUCAUUCUGGUCAAUUUGGCUCUGGCUGGAUUGAUCAUGGUCCUCUUUGGAUUCACCAUCACCAUCACAUCCGCUGUCAAUGGCUACUUCAUCUGGGGACCAUUGGGCUGUGCCAUUGAGGGAUUCAUGGCUACACUUGGAGGUGAGAAAUCUUUUGUGCAGGUUGUUGUCUUUGGCUAGCCUGGGUGCCAGUCUGUUUCUCAUGGAAUUGGCUUGACAAUUGCAGCACUGGAGUUGGCAAGAGCAUAAACAGAUCUGGAACCAGGCUAGUCUUAAUUAGCUAACUAAUUUAAUUAUCAUUUGUCUGGAAAAGUCAUUUAUUAAAGCUCAAACUCAACUAAAUUUAACUUGGAGACAAGGAGAGGAGCGCUUAUUUGGUUUAUAGUUAAUCCAUUAGGUGAUCUUUGUUCAUUGGAUAAAAAACUAUAGAACAAAAAGAAGUUGAUGCUAGAUAGUAAACAUUGUCGGAAAAGCCUUUGUGCAAACAAACUUCCAGAAGUAAUCAAGGCAUUCUCAUAUACUCUACUACUAUCCAGCAUCAACUUCUUUUUGUUCUAUAAAUUCAAUUUGGGAGUAAAUGUUUCCAAAUUUUGAAUUGAAUUAGCACCACACUUGCACAUUUUGGCCUUUUGUUAGCUUUGUUGCCAGAAAACUGGAACAAAUAUUGUAAAUGUUCACUCUCCUGUUGUCCAUUCUUCUCCCCAUAUGGUCAGUUAGUUAAUUAGUUAAUUAUUGUUCACAGCAACAGAGUUUUCUUGACUUCAUUGUUUUAACAUUUGAUGGAGUAGAUUCAAUACAUUUCAUGGAUUGGGUAUGCAAUCAGAUUUUUGUGAAAUAUACUUGGAUAAUCUCAACCAAGAUUAAAACAUUUAGAUUUAAUGAAAUAAUAGUAUGGUCAUUUAGAAAAAACGUUGCAUCGUUAGAUCCAUUAAGUUACGGUCCAUAUCAUGCAGCAGUUAGAUCCCCUUCUCUACUGUUUGCAUCUCCAUGCUCCAACACCUUUUACCUAACAAAUGCACGACAUGCAAAAACAAAUCUCUUCCCUUUCCUAUUCUCAAUUCUAGGUCAGGUGGCUCUGUGGUCUCUGGUGGUGCUGGCUGUUGAGAGAUACAUUGUGGUCUGCAAGCCCAUGGGCAGCUUCAAGUUCAGUGUCGCCCAUGCUGGUGCUGGUGUUGGAUUCACCUGGGUGAUGGCUGCCACCUGCGCUGUUCCCCCACUGGUUGGCUGGUCCAGGUACAGUGCAUGUCACAUGAUUUAAAAGUAAAACACGAAGAUACUACAUUUCUCUGACACAGAUUAAGCUUAGUCCUGGACAAAAAAGCUAUUUCAAUGGAGACUCUUUAUUGACCAUGCUUUCUAGUCCAGUAGAAGGCUUAAUCUGUAUUUGAGAAACCAUCCCCUUAUGUUGCAAAUUGCAAUUCAUAUAAUUGUAUGAUCUUUUAAUCACAUAAAGAUAUACACACUCAUUAUAAAUUCAGGUGUAAAGUGUAUGAGAUGAGAUCAAACAACGAUGUAAAGACAAUAAUAGGUUAGUUUUAAUACAAUGCAUCAGACAUAUAAUGCAUUUGGUCAAUCAUGGUAUUUGACCAAAUGCAAAAAUGUUGGCGACAAAUUUCCAUGUGAAUAUUCUAAAAUCUGCAUAAAAACAAUAUGCGCAUUUUCCCACCAGAGAUGUUUUUCUAUCAAAUGGACUUAUUGCAGAUAAAAGGUUCUGCAUGAUGACGUAGUGCACAUAAAAUACAUUUUGCUGUUAAAUUCCAUAUAGAGAAUAAUAAAUAGAAGUUAAAUGGGUUUCCAUCACAUUUUCAACUAUACUGAUGGUUUUCUCACAAAAAUUGUUUCGUUAUAUAACGAGUGUGCACACUGGUAUUGGCAGAAUAAGACCCUCGCUAUUUAUUGGAAAGAAGCAUCAUGCUCAUCACCUUGCACUUCCACCACCCAGUGAAGUUCAUCUUAAUUUAUUGAAUCUGUAACCUAAUAAAGUGUAUGCUUUAACGAUGAGUCGCAGUGGGGAGGACCACAGAACAUGUAAUUGCGUGACUCAAGUUUACUUCGAUACGAUGGUUAUUAUAUCAAUAUUUGUUGGUAAAAGCGUUUCCACUGACUGUCACGAUCGUCAUGAAAAGUGGACCAAGGCGCAGCGUCUUAAGCAUACAUUAUUUUAUUGAAUGUACAACACGAACAAAAACAAUAAACGAUACGUGUCGUCCUAGGGUUAAACACAAACCUUACGGAUCAAGAUCCCACAAUACAAAAGUGCCAACAGGCUGCCUAAGUAUGGUUCCCAAUCAGAGACAACAAGAAUCAGCUGCCUCUGAUUGGGAACCCCCCUGGCCAACAUAGAAAACACGAACUAGAACACAACAUAGAAAAUAACAAACCCUGGCUCAACAUAUAAGAGUCCCCAGAGCCAGGGCGUGACACUGACAUUUCUUUGCAUAAUUAAUUUUAUCGUCACAAAAAGACCCCACCUUGUCUAGUGUAUUUUGUUUUGUCGACAUUUGGAAAGUUUACUGAAAAACGUUCUGUUUCCAUCAGGCCUGUCAUGACAUUUACAUGUACUUUACUCACAUAAAAAGGUUGGAUGGAAAUCUGGUUUGAGAUUUUGGUUGUUAGUCAAGGUUAACACUGAUUACCUUCUUAUAUGUAUCAUCUAAAACUGUCUCAUCAACUUUCCCACAUAGAUACAUCCCAGAGGGCAUGCAGUGUUCAUGUGGACCUGACUACUACACCCUGAGUCCAGGCUACAACAACGACUCAUACGUCAUGUACAUGUUCGUCUGCCACUUCAUGGUUCCAGUCUUCAUCAUUGCCUUCACUUAUGGAAGCCUUGUCCUCACAGUCAAGGCGGUAUGUGGCUCUUAGACACAGAAAAUGUAACUAGCAGGCCCACAAAGUUGUAGCAUUUGGAUUCUUGUGCUAAGGCUAUGAUUUCUAAUAAGUUACUCCAGCAUUUAUCUUGCUUCUCUUCAUUUUCAGGCGGCAGCUUCCCAGCAGGACUCAGCAUCUACCCAGAAAGCUGAGAAGGAAGUGACACGUAUGUGCCUCCUGAUGGUUAUGGGUUUUCUGAUUGCCUGGACCCCCUAUGCCUCUGUUGCUGCUUGGAUCUUCUUCAACAAAGGAGCUGCUUUCACUGCCCAGUUCAUGGCUGUCCCUGCCUUCUUCUCAAAGAGCUCAGCCAUCUUCAACCCAGUCAUCUAUGUGCUGAUGAACAAACAGGUUGGUAACAUGGGAUUUUGGUCUUUCCUUUUUAGUGUUUAACAAAUAGGUUGGUCACAGGCCACCAACAACAUAAGCCUACUUAUAUCGUAAAAGUAGGAUCUAUCUAGCACCAUGAUUCUUCCAUCUCUGACAUUGUGGUCUCUCUCUCUCUCUACAGUUCCGUAACUGCAUGCUGGCUGCUGUAGGCAUAGCAGCCCCUGAGGAUGAGACUUCUGUGUCAGCAAGCAAGACAGAAGUGUCUUCUGUCGGCCCUGCAUAGAGACUUUCCCUCAUCCUGCACUUCCUGCCCUCUGAUUUCUACCCUUGUCUGAUGCUCUACAUGGACUGCUUUUGAAGACACACUUCUUUCACCAAAUGGACAUUAUACUGUAUUGACCUGUAAUGAUUGGGCUCUGUCAUUCUCUCUACACUCACAGACUGUGCCACACAAUGUAGUUGAGGUGGUAACAAAUGGAUGAGCCUCAGACUUGCAGAACAGCUCUAAUGUUUGUCUUGAUGGAUCAUGAGAUUGUAUUUUUAUCUUAUUGUGAGGCUAGCAAUUAUUUUGUUGCCAUAAUUUGCUGUAUAUACAUUAUUUUAUAAAUAAAUAUAGUACUAGAUAAAUAAAUGCAUGAAACUUCUACUUUUUGUUGUUGUCAUUUACAUUUGUUUACAGAUUUCUAAUCCAGAUCAUAAGCACUAAUGUUGCAAAUUCUACACAUUCCUAAUAUAGGCUAGCCAAUUUUGACUUUGUGGCUGUGGUAACUAGUGGAUACCAUUGUGCCUGUUGUUCACAUGCAUAUCGGCCCUCUCAUUGGCUAGAAUGAUCCCACCUAAUCUUGCCUCCCAACUGCCUUCCUUUAUAAAAUACAUGUAUUUUCAUUGUUAGAGCAGCCACUAGAGUAUCUAGUCAAUAUACACUGAGUGUACCAAACAUUAGGAACACCUUGCUAAUAUUGAGUUGCACCCCCUCUGAAUGGCAGACAUACACAAUCCAUGUCUCAAUGCUUAAAACACCUUCUUUAACUUGUUUCCUCCCCUUCAUCUACACUGAUUGAAGUGGAUUUAACAGGUGACAUCAAUAAGGGAUCAUAGCUUUCCCCUGGUCAGUCUAUGUCAUGGAAAGAGCGGGUGUUCUUUAUACUCAGUGUACAUUUCUUGUCAUUUAGCAAACACUGUUAUCCAGAGCAACUUACAGUAGUGAGUGCAUACAUUUUCGUACUGGUCCCCCAUGGGAAUCACAUCUACAACCCUGGCGUGGCAAGCACCAUGCUCUACUAACAGAGCCACAUGGAACCAAUCAACUCACGCUUCAUGAUUUCAAUACUGGAGUAUGCACUGGAGUCUUCCCCCCACUGUUGCUGAUGUCUUUCCUUUGGAGAUCCAUGCUGACCCACUGUUGAUCCAGUCUGAACUCAUCUUGAACUUGCUAAUGUUGCUUAAGCAAUGGUUUAUAAUAUUUUCAAAUAUAUUCCAAUAUUAAAAAACUUGUAUUUUCAAAGAACCUUUGUAAAAUACUAGUUUUGAUAUGUAUUUGAUACUAAUUCAAAUACAGUAAAUAGUAUUUGAACCCAGGUCUGAUGAAUUUGAGGUUAAAACGCAGUGAAUUGCCCCUUUAACUACAUUUCCCACUACCUUGGUUAUAGCGGUCUACAAAUGUAACACACUAUAGCUAAUGGAGCUGAACUAUCACUUUAAAUGCCCUUGUAUUACUACCUUGCUGUAGUUCUAGUGUGCCACUCCAUAAUAAAGGCUAUAGUCCUUUAGUGGCAUAGUAUUAUCCCUAUCCUGUUCCACUAUUUAUGCAAGAUUAGCGUUAACUAGACACAAGGCUUGCAGAGCAUAUGUAAAAAUAUCCCAUGUGGUUACGCAAGGCAAGCUUAACCUCAUCAUUUGAGUUCACAAUGUUUAUUUCUGCAUGGACAACCUUUUGUUAGAAAUAACUUUAAAGUCAGGUAAGAAAUCACAACAUAAACACUCAUUAGCCUUUUUGAAAUUUUCAGCCACAUUAGCCAUUUCAAAUAAUGAAAUAAAGGCCUACACCUUGAAGUAUAUGGUGACUUGUAAACACCUUAAGGAGAUAUUUAAACUUGUUUGACCUUAAAGUGACCAAAACAAAAACAUACUCCAUUGCUUAUCUUUUUAUUGCCACAAGCACACUUUGUGAACAAGUGGUGUAUAGUACAACAAAUAUUGGUCUCAUGUAAAAUAUUGGUCUCGUGUCCUUGUGUUUUUGUUAAAUCAGAUACAGUUUUCUGACCAGAGAGUAGCUAGUAAUGUAGCAGUGGUGUUUUAUGAGUAAUGGAAGGGCUUAUGUAGCAAAACAAAUAAGAUACACACUUUGGUAUUGACUUAGUGUUCAUUGUGUCAUCAGCCUUAAACAUGUAUGUUUAGCUUUAAAAGUGUAACAGCUCUUUAGUACAGAAAAUGAGGGUGAAAAAAAAUGACAUGCCUAAUAAUGAGUAUGCUAUAGAAUAUCAGGAGAGAUCCAUUCUUAUCAGGUCUGCAAAAUCUUUCUUGUGGAUGCAACUUUGUCCAUUUCUCCACCUGAAAUAGUCCAAACAAAACAUAAAGAUAACAAAUAGUCAAUUUAAAGUCAGAAUAUGGAGUUUGAGUUUCAGCAAAGUGGCAGCUGGAGUAAUGCAAUCUUAAAGUCAUGGCUAUGGAUGUAAAGAAUGACAGUUCAUGAAUUUGGCAUGAUCGUUUUAAAGCCGCAAUCCUGAAUUAGUUUAAUGCUUCAGCCAAAAUGACGUCCUGCCACCGAUUUGCUAUAAAAAUGAAAUGUAACCACUCUCAAAUUCAUAGAUUGGGCUAUAGGUGUGAGUACUGACAGUCCAUGAAAUCAUCAUUAUAGUUUUAACCACAUUUUGUAGGUAUGCGUUUGUUUACGAAUACAUUUUUCACAGUUGUACUAAGAUCAAUAGUAUUUACAAGCCUAUAUUCUCCAAAAAUCACAGAAGCACUAGAUAUUGCAUACUAUAGCCUACCUUUAGCUUUACGCAUUUGUGGCACACCGUAUGGAUGUGUGUUUGGGAAAAAAUACUCAUAAUUUUCAGAUGAUCUGCGAGGCCCCAGAGACUAGAUAUAUUGUUCAGUAUCGACCCGGAAUGAACUUAACUCCUGCUGUGCGCUAAAAUCCAGUGCAGUAUGCAUGUGCAGUGAUAUCUCUCUCAACGUUUCCAUGACUUGUGUUUCUACAAAGUCCAAACAAAUUCAGUAGUUUAAGGCUACUGAAAGUGACCAUCAGAUUUUGCAUAGGGCCUCUGGAGCUUAAAACGCUCGGCACCUGACAUCAUGUUCCGGUUGGGAUCAAGGGUUGCCUUCCGACCAGAGUAUGUGAGCGGAGCGGAGCUGGAGCGAGCAGCGCAGCGUGCACAAUUUGACUGGAGCGCAGAGCGAGUUUUCAAAAGGCUGGAGCGUUGACCUUCUCGCCCUCUCCAAUUUCGCUCCAGUGCAGCUCCAGUACCGCUCAUUUCACUUCAGGAGCUCAAGGCAUGCUCGGCCCAGCAACCAUUUGUCAAUUAGCUCGCAGAUUCUCAUGUAAGAAUUAGACGUUCAUCCAUUUUUCUCAAAUGUCAAAUUAAGAAGUUGUUGGAAAAUUUCAAAUUUCGAAGUGUUUAAGGUUAAGUUUAGGCAUUUACUCUGAAUUUUUAGGGUUAAGUUUAGACAUUAUCUCCAGAAUCAUAAGAUUAGGCAUUAUCUCUGAAUGGAUAAGGUAAGAGUGAAGGUUUGGGAUAGGCUUAAAACAAAGUUUGCAAAAAAAACCAUUAUAUUGCUGGAUUUGAACUUGCAAUCUUUGGAAUCAGAGGCAGAUGCUUAAGGUUAGGCAUUAACUCUGAAUGGUUAAGGUAAGGGUUAAGGUUCAAACUUGCAACCUUUGGAAUUAGAGGCAGAUGCUUACAAAGUGUUUUCGAAGUUGAUGCAAACGUCAAAUUUCGAAGUGUUUAUGGUUAAGUUGAGGCAUUAACUCCACAUUUUUAAGGUUUAGCCAUUAACUCCGAAAUCUUAAGGUUAGGCAUUAACGCCAAAUUUUUAAGGGAAGGAUUAAGGUUUGGGAUAGGCUUAAAACAAAAAUCUCAAAAACAACUUUCACUGGAUUCAAACUUGCAACCUUCUGCCACCCCCGACACCCUAGCAACACAAAACCUACUUGAAGGUAGCAGCGUUCACUGUUGCCCCUAGUGGCAGGUUUACACAUAAUCUCCCAACGUCCUCAGACAUGCAUGGAUGUCAAAUACUGACUUGUAUCACAGGUGACCUGACUGGCAUUUGUAGGCUACUUGUGUGCUGCUAUAGCCCCUUGCUUUAGCUACUGUCAUGGAGUUUGCUAAAUAUUUUCAUAAAGAAACUAAUAAAACACACAGGUGCAAAAUAAAGGUGACUUAUAAAAAUGAGGACCAAGAGCAAGAGAGGGAGUGCGGUGAUGUAGUGUCCACAACUAAAGAAUCAUUGUGGAAUCUGAAAAUACAUUUAUCCUAAAAGCAUAAUGGUGUACUAUGUGCACAUGCUAACAGAAAGGAAUGAGGUGGUUAGCUAGCUAAGUGUGACAUUGUAGCAAAGUAAUUAUAAACUAAAAAUCUGAUCUCUUAAAAGUUUCAUUCAUUUUCGUUCUAUUUUCUAUACAAUAGGCUAUCAUUGAUUUUGGACCAAUAGGCCUGACAAGUUACCUCUUUCAAGGUGCUUUCUGUUUUGAUAGGGUUAUUUUGAAAAAUCUAAAAACAACUCAGCAUCCCUAACCAGCCUGGCAAGAGUGGCCCAAAGGGUGCUUUGCAUCCCCAGUGCCUCUGCAAGUGCAGAAAGGGUAUUCUCCGCUGCUUGCCUGCUCUCCAUGCACCAUCACAUGAGCCUGAAGCCACAGACUCUGGCCAAACUUGUGUAGACUGAGCCUAAUAAGGCAUUUUUCGUUUAAUAUUUAAGUCACAGCCUACAUUCGCAAUUUAUAGACUAUAAUGAUUUAAUACAAUUAAAUGUUGUUUAAAUGCUGGGCGGUUCAUGUUCCUGCCAGCCUAGUGCGUUGCACUCACAAAUGCUUCAUAAUGUAUUUAUUUGUAGGCUAUAGCCUUUCAAAUACGUUCCAUUCAAAUCAUAUGGUUUGGUUUCAAUACUUCAAAACCAAAUGGUAGGGCCAUGUAGUCACAAAAAUAGAUGGGUGUGAUUUUGUUGAUUUUAAUGAAUGGGGCAAAUUCAGAGUGGCAGUGUUUUUUCGGUAAUUUUCAUUUCUCCUUGACUCUCAAGCUUAUAUUUAGGUGAUUGCUAGUUCUCAAAGAUGAUAUUAUAAAAAAAAACAUAUAGGUCCAUUAUCUUUAAUACAUACUCGAUAUCUGGUUUUAGUCAUUCAGCCCAAAAAAAGAUUUAUAAUAAUAUUAUAUGUCUUUUUUUUUUUUACGCUGUUUGAAUAUACGCGUCUUGUAAAAACGUUUAGGUGGUUACUGGGUGCAUGCAGGAGCUAUAGACCACCUGUCCAUACAUAGCUACAUUAUCCUACAGAGGUAUAGUAAUAAAACACAAACAAUAAUAAGACAUGUUUUACAUAAAACCAAAUGUUAAAACAAGGUCAGUGUGAUAAUCUUUACUCCCUGAUGAGUUAGAUUGACAAAAUCCACAGCGAUUACAUGUUAUAAUCCCUUCCCUAAUGUCUGAGGAUAGGAUCAAUUAAUGAAUUAGUUCGUAACAACACCGCCUAAGCUAAUUCAGCCAAUUUUAGCCAUUGACAUAGGGCCCCAAAAGGGUAUAAAACUCCCUGCCAGGACAACCUAGCAUAGGCAAAAGGUUCAGAGCCAGAUCAGAUCUCAGUUUGCCUUUCUCUUGCAUUCAUUGGACAUCCACUGAGUAAAGAUGCAGAAUGGCACAGAAGGAAGCAACUUCUACAUCCCCAUGUCCAACAGGACUGGGCUUGUAAGGAGUCCUUUUCUAUACCCUCAGUACUACUUGGCACCUCCAUGGCAAUACUAUGGUCUUGCUGUCUACAUGUUUUUCCUGAUCUGCUUUGGAUUCCCCAUCAACGGGCUGACCCUGUACGUCACAGCCACAAACAAGAAGCUCCGGCAACCCCUCAACUUCAUUCUGGUCAACUUGGCUGCGGCUGGAAUGAUCAUGGUCCUCUUUGGAUUCACCAUCACCAUUACGUCUGCUGUCAAUGGCUACUUCAUCUGGGGACCAUUGGGCUGUGCUAUUGAGGGCUUCAUGGCUACACUUGGAGGUAAGAAAUACAGAUUCUACAGAAUCCACUUAGUUUAAACUGAUUUAAAUUAAUGAUAAGCUGUAUCCAAAGUAAUUGUUAGUCAAUUUGGAACUGAAAGUACUGUACUCAAAGUUUUUGUAAAUACAUUUAGAACUGAAGUAACUGACUUUGGAUUGUGGUUUCAUUCUCCAGGUGAGGUUGCCCUGUGGUCUCUGGUAGUGCUGGCUGUUGAGAGAUACAUUGUGGUCUGCAAGCCCAUGGGCAGCUUCACGUUCACUGCCACCCACGCUGGUGCUGGUGUUGCAUUCACCUGGAUAGCUGCUAUGGCAUGUGCUGCUCCCCCACUGGUUGGCUGGUCCAGGUAAGCUGUAACCAGUGUAGGAAAUUUGAAGUUACAUAAAAUGUUAUUCACAUGCUAUUCAAGUCAUGCUCCAUCCACCCCCAAUCCUACUCACUCACACAAAAUGAUAAUAUUGUGCACUUCUAUUUAUUUUAGAUACAUCCCAGAGGGCAUGCAGUGCUCAUGUGGACCUGACUACUACACCUUGGCCGAAGGCUUCAACAAUGAAUCAUAUGUGAUCUACAUGUUCUCCUGCCACUUCAUCAUCCCAGUCUGUAUGAUCGCCUUCACUUAUGGAAGCCUGGUCCUCACAGUCAAGGCGGUAAGUGACGUCUUACACAAACAACAUUUAUCUAGGAGUUCCACAUAGUGUGCAUAGUAUAAAAUGUAGGUGAUAGUUCUCCACUCUGAUGUCUUGAUUAUCUUCAUUUUCAGGCUGCAGCUUCCCAGCAGGACUCAGCAUCUACCCAGAAAGCAGAGAAGGAAGUCACACGUAUGUGCGUCCUAAUGGUUUGUGGUUUCUUGAUCGCCUGGACCCCCUAUGCUAGCCUUGCUGCCUACAUCUUCUUCAACAAAGGAAUUGCCUUCAGUGCCCAGUCCAUGGCUAUCCCUGCCUUCUUCUCCAAGAGCUCAGCCUUGUUCAACCCCAUCAUCUAUGUGCUGAUGAACAAACAGGUUGGUAACAUUAUACAUUUUUUAAAACCUUUUCUACUUACUCUUUGAGUUUGACGUAGCAGUAACAGAAUAUAUUGUUUGUUCAAUGUAUUUUGACUUGUCAUGCUCAUUGCUUUUCAUUCUUUCCCCUCCCAGUUCCGUGGCUGCAUGCUGGCCGCUGUAGGGAUGAAAGCAGAAGAAGAUGAGACUUCUGUGUCAGCAAGCAAGACAGAAGUGUCUUCUGUGGGCCCUGCAUAGAGACUUUCCCUCAUCCUGCACUUCCUGCCCUCUGAUUUCUACUCUUGUCUGAUGAUCUACAUGGACUGCUUUUGAAGACUUCUACCAAUUGGACAUUAUGUGCUGAUUAUUAUAUUUACUUGUAACGAUUGGACUCUGUCACUCCAAAACAAACUCAACAACUGCAUUUUGCUGCUUAGAUUCCUAAAAUGAACUAAUGUAAACCGUUUUUAUAAUGUGUUUACUGCAGGUUGUGACUGAAUCAGGGCAGUGUACUGAGACUCAAUCCGAACCCAUUUCUUGUUUUCUGUGCUCUUACCUCAGUCAAGAGACAGCUCCCAAACUGUAGGGCUUUAUUAAUUGACAAUGGUAACAUCCAAAGGCAAGCUCAACAAUAAGACAGAAUCUAGUUCUCACAGUUCAGAAGAAACAAGACAAAAGGCACUGCGUCACUGUAUCAGUCAAUAUAGUUAAGAGUAGACUUGACAUCAAUUUUAUACUCAUCCAAAAGAAACAACUGAUUUGCCUCUCAUAGGUGGCAACAAAUGGAUGAGUGUCAGACUUACUGAACAGCUCUCAUGUUUGUCUUGACGGAUCAUGAAAUUGUAUUUUCAUGUUAUUGUGAGGCUAGCAAUCAUUUUGUUGGCCUGUGUCAUCAUUUCCUGUAUAUAUUUUAUAAAUAACAAAAAAACAUAGGACUAGAUAAAUAAAUGCAUGCAUGAAAAGA